AUCUACUUACCUAUAUGUGCAUGAUUCUGUUGACCUUGACAACGAAUAAGCAAGCAACAAUGCAUUUUCAACCCUCUAGUCUGAUAGCCGUAUAGCAAUAAUCCUGAGAUCCAGUGGGGUUGUCGCGGCGGCGGAGAGCAGCGACGGCGGCGUCGAGCGCGGGGUAUUAUAGCGACUCCGCCCGCGCGCCUCCUAAGCGCCGCUUCAGCUGUCAAACCGCCUCCGACAGGCACUCGGCUUGAACGCAUCUACCUUAAAUCGCUUCAACUCGUGAUCGUAUCGUAGUGCGCACUCGGUGACUCAGUGUGUGAUAUUGUUCGCAUGACGCAGAAUAUUUUAAGGAGAUGAACGGCAGUACGACGACGGUGAAUGGGGGCGCCGUCAACGGUACCAAUGGAGCCCUCAGUGGGAUAGGGGCUGCUCCUCGCACUGCAACUCUAGGAACUCCUAGCAGUUAUUCGUACACCUCUACUGGAUCGCUCCUAGGCAGGGGAGGCUCAGCUAGGCCAGUUCCACCACCAACUCUUCCGAAAUACAGUGGUUCGUUUAGUGCUGGAAGUACAACCGGCUUAAGAGAGAGGGAUCGAGAGGGAACAGGAGGCUCACAUCGUUUGGCAAGUUUAGAAAGAUUGGCUUUGCGGCAGAGAAUCAUAGAACAAAGUUCAAAUAAUCAGUUGACCGGCAGUUCUAAUUUAAAUACUGGAUCUAAUGUCGGGCCCACCUCUGCCACCGUCACCCUCACCGACACGGCUACGUUACAAAGUAAACGCGAGCUGUUCUUCAAAUCGGACUCAGUGAGUGGCAGCGUUAGUACGACGGGGCCGCCGAUGGGUGCGCCUCCAGCGCCCCCGGUGGCGCCAUCUGCUCUUAAAGAUGCGCUGUCGAAACGUUCAGCGACACUACCAGACCCGCAUGAGAACAAUCACCACGAGACCAACGGAACGGCCAAACUAAGCAAUAGCGUGUCGGUGGACGCCCCAAAACCGCCUUUGUCGGCGCCGCCGCCGACUCCUGCGCCACCUGUGCCUACAUCAGCCCCGCCCUCGGCUCCUGCUCCCCUAAGGAGUACAGAAAAUAUCAUGAAGAAAACGGAUCAUCCACCAGUCGCACCAAAACCAGAAUUACCUAAGAUAGAAAAGCCAAAAACCAAAGAAUUAGAUGGAUACGUCGGAUUUGCAAACUUACCGAAUCAAGUGUACAGGAAGGCAGUAAAAAAGGGAUUCGAGUUUACUUUAAUGGUUGUAGGUGAAACAGGCUUGGGAAAAUCGACGCUAAUAAAUUCCUUGUUCCUGACGGAGGUUUACGACAAAGACAAGUACCCGGGCCCAUCGCUACGAGUAAAGAAGACGGUCGGCGUGGAGACGAGCGUGGUGCUGCUCAAAGAGAAUGGUGUCAAUCUCACCCUCACAAUAGUGGACACUCCAGGAUUCGGAGAUGCCGUCGACAAUAGUAAUUGUUGGCAACCAAUAAUAGACUUCGUCGAAUCGAAGUACGAAGAGUUCCUCAACGCCGAGUCCCGGGUGACACGUAAAGCGGCGCCCCCGGACACGCGCGUCCAUUGCUGCUUAUACUUCAUCGCGCCCAGCGGCCACGGGCUCAAACCGCUCGAUGUGGAAUUCAUGCAGCGGCUCGGCGAUAAAGUCAACAUCAUUCCUGUUAUAGCGAAGGCGGACACUAUGACGCCCGAAGAGUGCAAGGACUUCAAAGAACAGAUAAUGAAAGAGAUCGGCCAGCACAAGAUCAAGAUCUACGAGUUUCCAGAGAGCACGGGCGAGGAAGGCGACGGUGCGGAAACGACGCGAGCAUUACGACACCGCGUUCCUUUUGCCGUGGUCGGGGCAAAUACCGUGAUCGAGCAAGACGGGAAGAAAGUGCGCGGACGGAAGUAUCCUUGGGGCAUUGCUGAGGUCGAGAAUCUGGAGCACUGCGACUUCCUCGCUCUCCGCAACAUGGUGAUCCGGACCCACUUGCAAGACCUGAAGGACGUGACAAGUUCAGUUCACUACGAGAACUAUCGGUGCCGCAAGCUGGCCGGACUGUCGCACGACGGAAAACCGCAUAGGAUCAACUCUAAUAAGAAUCCUUUGGCCCAAAUGGAAGAAGAGAAGAGAGAACAUGACCUUAAAAUGAAGAAGAUGGAAGUCGAAAUGGAGCAGGUGUUCGAGAUGAAAGUGCGCGAGAAACAUGCCAAGCUUAAAGAAUCCGAGGCGGAGUUGAGUCGACGGCACGAAGCGACGCGGCGCGCGCUAGAAGCGCAGGCGCGCGAACUAGAGGAGAAACAGCGUGCGCUUCAAGCGGAGAAGGCCGCCUGGGAGCGCGAGACCGGCCUCUCGCUCGACGACCUGCGCCGCCGCUCGCUCGAGGCCAACAGCAAAGAGACCGUCGACGGUAAAGAUAAGAAGGACAAGAAAAAGAAAGGUUUGUUCUAAGUAGAUCGUGCCGUCGGCCCGCACCCACCGUACACUUGCGUGACUAACGCGUCCACCCACUUGGCCGCAUUGCACUACACUAUCUAAACGAUACCGACGCGACACUAAACAUAUAAUGUGAUUCAACUAAGAAUAGGACCGACUAGGCGCCAUAUUGUGACGUCAUAGCAUUCAAUUCAAACCAAGUAGGUAGAGUGAGCAAAAGUUUUAUUUUAAUAAAAUUAUUUACUAAGAUUGAGAAAAAAACAAGCAAUUUUUGAUAAUAUUUAUUUAUAAAGACUGUGUGAGAAAAACAUUAAUCAGAAUCUAGCUCUUCAAUUCCGCUUAUCUCUGCAUUACCGGCGGAGUAGUUAUGAAUAAAUCAUACUCUAUUACUAGGUCACAUACGAAUAUGCAUCCUUUAUGUAAACGAAAGUUUUAAAUCGAGUUUCUGAACGCUACUUAAAGUGACAUUUGGUUGACGAUUUGGGUUAUCAAUCAUUCAUAGUCAAAGCACAAUAAAUAAAACAAAACAAGCAAUAUUAAUUAUCAAUAUUUGUUAUUGUUUGUUUAUAAAUGUUUGGUUUUUAUUCUAGAAUUAGUCGAGUGCUAAAAAAGGGUUCCAAGAUUUUUUUGCAAACCGUACUUUUGAAGCGACAUUGGACAGAUGGAGGUCAUUGGUUUUCCUAUUCUUAUUUGAAUCGCACUAUAAACGUAUUCUUAAAAAAGCGUAGCAAAUUUAUGGUUUCCGGUAUUGAAACGAUAUCAAAAUUUUUGUACGUCAUUAAAAUUUCGAUUGUUUUAUUGGAAAAAAAAACAAAUGAAACACGAUUAUGAUAAAGAAGUGUUGCUGUGUGUUUGUUUAAUACAGAUUUUGUGCAAGAGAAUUUUCAAGUUUGCGAGUUUCAGAUAGAAACGAUUUCAUGUUGAUAUUGUAUUUUGGACGCGUGCCUAAACCGAUACUUAGCAUUGCGGCCGUAUGGGACGACUGUUGAUACCUCUUUGUACGCCUAUGUUACUUUAAUCUAAAUUUCGAAAUGCAAUAUUUAAUAGCGUUGACUCGUUUCAUAUUACUAACUGUAUAUUGUAUGCAGAAUAUUAUGAGAUUAUUACAUUCUUAGAUUGUACAUAUCGUGUUCGAAAUUUUGUUGAGAAACAUAGGCCUCGCGACGUACGUACAUAACGUACUGUUUUAACGAGUGAAUUACUCAUAUAUGAGAUUGUCUUGAGAUAGUUUCUAAUAUUGUGUUUAUUAAUUUAUAUGCCUGAUUCUGGGGUUUAUAGUGCCAUUUUCAGUGUUGUGACUUGUCGUUGCUGUUUGUCAACUAAUCUAAAUUCUUGUAUUGACUUGUUGCUUAUAAUUUCAUGUUUAGCAAGUUAUUGUGUGCUCAUAUUCGACCAUUUUUCUUUCGAUAUCAGAGGUGUCCAACACUCGGUUACACAAAUUAGUAUGACAUAUUCUUAUGAUGAUAAUACUGACGGAAAUAACAUGAUUUCCUACGCUAAAUAAGACGCAUAAUAAUGUAAUUAUGUGUAUUCGACGGUCUAGUUGGACAGGCAUUGUUAUACUGUAGUUUCCAUCGAAGUGGUUUACUUUGUGUAAUGAAAUCUGUCAAGUUUUUGUAAAUAUUAAUAAUUUAUUAACAGGUACGUACUAAUUUUACGUAAUAAGUAAUACAUUUUCCACGGUGACUUACUUCUUUAUCUGUUUAACAAUUUUCUGUUUGAUUAUUAUUUUAAAUUCCAAUGCGAAUAUAUUAUGCAAUUUUCAGAUUGGUCUUUUAAGAGUGUUGCAACGGGAAUAGCAAUAUAAUAUGGACGCGAGUCCAAACACCGCGCACCACACUAGUUUAGCGAGUUAUAGUUCUACGGUUAACUAGUAUAAUGGAACAACGAUUAAUAAAGACUACACAUUCUAUUGUUAUCUGGCAUUAACUGGAGAUUGGAAUGGUUUUAGGCGUCACUUUUGUGUAUUUAUUUAUAGGGGUUUUUCCAUGACAAAGCAUUUACUAUGAAUAUAAGUGAGGCCUAAUUUUUUUAACGACUUGUGUUUCUAAAGGCACCUUUAUAUACAUUUUUCAUAUAAUGGAUAUUUAUGUUUUUUAUCAGUUAUUUCAUAAACUAGCUGUUAAAAGCGAACAGGAAGCACAAACGACAGGUAACGAUUAGACGUUGACGUCCACAAAGAUGCCAAAUAGCUUGUAAUGACAUUUAUGGUUUAUUUGAAUACGAAGAAUCAUGUAAUAUGUGAACGAUUUUAAAGAGUUCUAUAGAUAUUUAGCUAGAGAUGGCUAUGGGAUUUAUCCAGCUCAAAUUCUGUGUAAAGUUAAUAAGAGAUGAAAUCAAAUCUUUACUGAUAAAUAUAGCAUCACAUUGUCUAAUACAUAAUUUAAUUAGUUCAAAUCAAAUUAAAUAAAAUAUCUUUAAAUCUGCUUUCUGUUAUAUUUAUAAGUAGAGAUAAACAUAUUGUAGUGAUUCGUAACUAAAAUAGGACUACACACCAUUCUAAAUUUUAAAAUGAAAUUAGAUAAGAGAUAUUUUUUACUUCUAUAUAUUUAAUACAUAUUUGGCUUGUUCAGUGCAUUCGCAUAACUUUCCAAGUUAUGGAAUAGCAUGGCGUCAGAUUCAAUGCAGUCGGGUCAUAUGGUUUUACAAUGGGUUGAUGAUCAAAGGUUUGUCGACAGACUGUUGAUGUGAUCCACUGGGAAUUCUGCAUGUGUCUCGACUAUACUUUUAAUUGUGCUUAGUGAUAACUAUAAAUAUGCUCAUAGCUCAGUUGUGACAUAGUCUAGCCCUAGCUAGGUGUUAGCAUUUCUGUGUAAUACGAUAAGGAUAUGAGACAAAGAUCGCUCACCAAUAAAUUUUAUUGUCAUUAUCACAAAUGCUUUCUCAUCUAUAUUCUCUAAAAAUGUAAAAAAACCUGACGUUACAGUAAUUUUAUUUCAUUAAUAUACGCCUAGAAUAUUUAAACUUAAUAUUUCAUAAAAAGAUUUUUUAUGGAAUGUUCACAAUGAGGAUGUAAAGGAAUAACUUCAGUGAUAAAAUUUUGACCUUACGUAGAAAUUGCACACUACACAUUUUUUCCUACUCUCUGACUAUUGAUUAUGUAAAUAUUUAUGUUUAGUCAUUGUUUAUAUUGAGAUGAUAUAUAAUACAAGUUACUCAAUUAAUACUUAUGUAAUUUAUGAGACAUGCAUAAUCUUUAUUUAAUCAGCAUGCCGUGGUUAAAUUUGUAUUAUUUCCUACACCGCAGUAUUGACUUCCGCAUUAAAGUUAGGCGUUUAGUAGUAAGUUUAUGAUUAAUUUUGUAUUUUUGUCUGGGUUUCGACCCACUUUACCAUACGGAUUAUUUGCUUAGUCAUUACAAUGGAUAUGUGAUGUAUGAUGGGUGAGCAGUGAAGUUCAGACGAUGUAAUAUAUUGUACCUUUGAAUAUAAAUAAAUACGUAAUAUAUAGGC